CAUGCAGAAGCCACAGCUGAUUCUAUACAAAAAGAGGAUGAUGAGGUUAAAACUUGUGAAUCUUAUCUACUUAAUAUUCCUAUUAACGUUUUGGAGAUGAUUAUGGAGAGUUGUGCUGGAGUGGAAUACAUGAACUUCCGUGCUACAUGCAAACAGUGUUAUCUAGCAGCACCUGCAGUACAAUGGGGCAAUGAGGCAGAGUUAAAGAGAUUGCGGGAUUAUUCAUUAGUUUCGCCAUGGCUGAUGGUUGCAGAAACAAAUAGAGACAUUUUUACUUUUAUAGAUCCGAUAUUGGGUGACAACUACUAUAUAAAGCAUUCGCAAGUAUCAUCAAUUGCUGAGGAUAUAAUACAUUGUUCUAGGUUUGGUUGGGUGUUGUUUGAAAAUACUGAAUAUAAAUGUGUAGUAUUGUUUAACCCCUUCACAAAUGAUCUGCGUAAGCUUCCAGAGCCGGAUUAUAAUUAUUUAGAAGGCUUAUGUUUCUCAGCGCCGCCUACUUCCCCUGAUUGUAUGGUUGUCGGAUUUACAACAGCAUAUGGAUCUCCAACACAAGGACAAUGGCUUGCUCACAUCCACUAUGUAGCUCGGGAACAAACAUGGUAUACGUAUAGGCUGGGUGUUGAUCUAACAUCCAUUCGCAUUCCAACGUUUUUUGGCAGGGAUCUUUAUGCCUUGUGCAACUUUGGAGACGUUGUUUAUUACAAAAAUUUGGGGUCAGAAGAUUACUCUUUGAAGAUUUUCCAAGCCAAAGCCCCAAGUAAUUGUUGCAAAUCUGAGGCACGAUACUACCUGAUGAAAUGUGAUCAGCAUCUUUUACUAGUGAUUGUGGAUGGGUUUGGAAAAUUCGUGGAAGUUUUCAAGCACAAUGAUUCUGUAGAAGACUACUGGGAGAAGAUACAUGAUCUAGGAAAGCACACAAUUUAUAUACAUGGUACAUCGUGUAUCUGCAUUGAUGCCCACGUACCAGAAAUGGCGAACAAAAUAUAUUUUCCAAAUCAGCAUUCUACAAACAGGAAAAUAGUAUUCUAUUCCCUCGAAACAUGCUUGUUUCACACAUUUGAUGAAAAAAACAUCCAGGAAACUUUGUGGGACUUGUACAGAACUGUACAUCAACGCAACCCUCUUGUAUGGAUUGAGCCAAGCUGGUCUUAGCCAACCUUAUUAUAGGUAUGGUCGUGCAUUAGAACACUCUGUGGCAUCUUUUUAAACGUGUAACAUUCUUUUUAUUAUUUAUUAAUACACAGAAUUCUAAUUUUAUAAAUUACU